AUGCGCCACACCAAUCCGCGCGCUGCGCCUCAUCCUUCUUCCGUGGCGUGGCUAGUGCUCGGAAUAUCUCGUCAUGCAAGGGCACUGAGGAAUCCUUCGACUCCUCUCUUCCGCAACCAACCUUGGAUUCGCUUCCAGCACUCUCAGCCAGGCAUCGCGGGGUAUUUCAGCCAAGUCCAGGUGGGGGUGCUUGCUCGGGAAGAGCGCCAGCACCGCCAGCCGGUUUCCGAAGUCCUUGAAUCACGAAACUCGUUCCCCCCGUUUGCAUGUGCUUCUACUUCCCCGCCUUGUCUUUGUCUUGCGGGUGGGCUUUUGCUUCUCCCACUGCUUUUGCCUCUGCUUUCGCCUCUGGUUUUGUGGUUCCCGUCUUCUCUAGUCAACCAAGUGGCCCCCCUUCUGAUCUUGGCCCGCCUCUGGCUUCUUCUCGUGACAUUCUUCUGCCGUGUCUCUUCCGUGUCCGUGUCUCCGCUGCAGCUCAGUAUGGCAACCGUCGAGCAUUGUGUCGUAUGUUUCGAGGCUCUUGACGCGGACCUCAACAACCGCAAGCCCCUCUCCCUUGAACAGAUCCAGUCUUCGUGGGCCGCAUACAAAGCCAGCUCCGCUUCCGUGACCGGCCCCUCAGACGCUCCCUUGAACCCGGCCCUCCGGCGUCUUGCUGCCGACGGCGCCUCGUCCUCGUCUUCCUCAUCGUCUUCAACGUCGCUCUCGGCCGCAGGAGCUGCCACUCCCGCAACGUCCACAUCCUCCCUGCCCGACACCCCGCCAACGGCGGCUCCUCUCUUUGUCACCUGGAACACAGUCGACCCAGACGAUGACGACGUCUCCCUCCGCGGCUGCAUCGGCACCUUUGAGAACCAGCCACUGUCCGAGGGCAUUCAUGAAUACGCCCUGAUCUCCGCCCUGCAAGACACACGCUUCCACCCGAUUUCCAAGCGCGAGCUUCCCACACUCCAGGCCGCCGUGACGCUGCUCACAGACUUUGAAGAGGCGGACGACACCCACGAUUGGGAGAUUGGCACUCACGGCAUCCGAAUCUCCUUUUUGGAUCGCGGCCGCCGCUACGGUGCGACAUAUCUGCCCGACGUAGCACUAGAGCAAGGAUGGACCAAAGAUGAGACGCUGUUUAGCUUGAUCCGCAAAGCAGGCUGGAUGGGCAGCCGUUCCAAGUGGCAGGACUUGGACGUCAAAGUGACUCGAUACCAGGGCAAGAAGAUCAGCCUCAACUAUCCAGAGUUCAAGAAGUGGAGGGACUGGGUCGAAAGCAAGCAGUAA